AUGAUAGAAUUAAAAGAUUUUGAAGAAAAAGAUUUGUGUUAUUAUUUUCAAAACUUUGAAAAGUUUAAUUGUAACAAUUCUAUUUAUACCGAAUGCAAAAAAUAUGUAGAGUAUGUUAAAUAUAUUAUUCCUAUAUUUGAUGACAAAGAAUAUUACUGUUGUGAAGAAGGCAAAGGGGUAUAUGAUUACUGUUCUCCAUAUAUUAAAUGUCUAGAAAAGCUCAAUCCUAAGGCAUUAAUGAUUAAAUUAGAAUUAGACCUUCAAAUGUUAAGAAAAAGCGAAGAUUCAGUAGUUCUAGAUGAUAGGAUUGUAAUGCACGAGAUUUCUAUGGUUCUUCCAACAAGUGAUGGUGUAUCUGUUGAUUUCGUAGAAGAAAGAGCACACGUUUCAAUAAAUCCUCAUUCUACAUCAAGUGAGGCCAAUGAUGCUUCUUCUAAUUUUAUUUUAACAAUGCAUAAUAUAUUUAAUUCAAAUUAUUUUCAUCUUUCUAUAAUGCUUUCUACAAUAUUGUUAAAAAAUUGUUAUAUUAUAUAUUCUAUGUUUUUAUUCUAUAAUUAUUCCACAGCCUUUGGAUGCAGGUUAAAUAAAACGAAAUUAAAAAAAAAAAAUUUGGCCCAUAAUCACUACAAUCUUAUAAAGAAUGAGUUAUUAGAUAAUGAUUCGGAAGAUCCACUAUAA